AUGUCGGGCGACGGCGCAGGAGCGCCACCGCCGUGGAGGCGCAGGGCGUACUGGGUCUGUCCGUGCAAGGAGUGGAACUGGUGCGACAAGAGGGCGACCUGCAAGUCCUCUGGCGAGGCCUCCAGGGCCGCCUCCGCUGCCAGCACCGCCCCGAGCAGCGCACCCAACAGCAGGGUGCGGCCGCGGGGCGGAACCAAGCCCCCCCCGUGGCGUGAGGAGCGCGAGGAGCAGCCAGAGGAGCCCGCUUCGAGCCUGGAGCGCAGGCUUGAGGGAGCCCAGGCGCGCGUCUCCAGCCUCCGCGAGGCCGUCGCCAUGGGCGGGACCAGCGAGGCUUUCCAGCGAGAGGCCAGGGCGGCCCUCCUCGCAGCGGAGCGCGCUGCUGAGAGGGCCGAGGCGGAGCUCCGUGAGGCCCAGCAGCUCGGGAGGCCCCCCCAUGCUGUCCUCCACGGGGGUGCCAACGCUAUGCAGAAGGUCGAGAAGCAGAUCACCGCCACCAGGGCCAAACGCGACCAGGCCGUGCAGCGAGCGGAGGCCCUCAGGGGGGAGAUCGCGGCGAAGCAGGAGGAGCUGGCCGAGGUCGAGUCUGCGGUCGAGGACUUCAACGGUCAGCUCGGCAAGCUCGAGGAGUCGAAGGCGCAGACGGUCCAGCAGGCCCUCCAGCGGGCCAUCGAGGUGUGCGGCGGCAAGCGUCCCCUCGAGACCGCAGUCGGGGGCCUCGUCAUGCAGGUCAACCAGUUGGGCGAGAUGCUUGGCCGUAGCUCGGAAGGCGUUGCACCCGGGCUCCUGGAGAUCAUGGACAUCAUCACCACGCAGAGCGCCGCCAUCUCGGACAUGCUCCGCCCUGCUGCGCCUGCCGCCUCUGCUGCCCGCUGGGCCGACGGCCUCGGCGGGGACGGGCUCGCCGUCGACGUCGACGAGGAAGGGCCCCCUGCCCCAGCCCCUGGGGCCACCGGCCCCCCUGGCCAGGCCGAGCGUAAGAUCCUGGUGGGCGCCAGGGACGAGCACGAGGACUGCCAGGCCCGGGCAGACGGCGGGGGGAUUCAGCCCUCCGACGUCGCAGCCGUCUGCCCCGUCCCAACGGAGCAGAGGGGCCUCCGCUGGGCGCGAGUGAGCGGGGCCGAGCCAGCUGGCGAGAAGGCCGCCGUGCAGCUCCGUGCAGGCUUCGACGUGCUGGGCCUCAACGGCAACACGUGGGACCGCGCCAUGGAGGUGCUCGAGGCCUACAUUGCGCGGAAGGACGAGCGCCCGCACCUGGUCACGGUCCAGGAGGUCCGCCUCGGGCCUCGCCAGCUGGAGAACGCACGCCGCCGUGCUCGCGGCUUGGGAUACGCGGCCUUCUUGCAUGCGGCUGCGCCCACUGGGCAGGCGGCCCUUGCUCAUUCGGGAGGCGUCGGGGUGCUGGUCCGCGAUGACCUCCAGGCGAGGGAGGCGCAGUGGCGAGUGCCAGGGGACUUCAGGCACCGCAUGGUCGCAGUCAGGGUAGCAUCGGCCUCGGGCUUGCAGUUUCUGGCGUGCUCCUUGUACCUGCAGGACGGCCUCGGGCCCAAAGGGGUCAACCUGGACAUCAUCGGCGGCCUGGGGGACCUGGUGCUGACCGAGGGGCUCCCGUGGCUCGUGCAAGGCGACUUCAACAUGGAGCCUGGGACCCUCUACGAGCUCGGCUGGCCAGCCCUCCAGCGAGGUGCCUACCUUGGGCCAGCAGGGCCCACGUGCAUGGCGUCUGGCACUGAGCGGGUGUACGACUGGUUCGCGAGCUCGUUCUGCCUCUCCCACGGGGUUGCCAGCACCGCUGUGCUGGACGGCUACGCAUUGCACCCGCACAGGCCAGUCCUACUGCGGCUGCAGGACCUGCGGCCAGACGCGCUGGUGCAGGUCCUAGUGAGACCUGGCCGCUUCCCCGACGUGGAGGCCGCCAACUGCAGGGCCCACGAGGAUGCCGUUGUGCAGGUGUUUCGGCGCAGCGGUCGAGGGCAGUGGCAGGCUGAGCCGUGCACCUGGAGCUGGGAGGCAGGCGUUCUGCCCCACGACCUCCCUGCUGCGGUGUGCGAGUGGGUCGAGGCGGUCGAGGGCACGUUGGUCGGCAUCCACGACAUCCAGCCCGACGCACACAAGCGCUUCCUGGGUCGUGCCGCAGGGCCGAGGCGCGCCCUGAGGCCGAUGAGCGCGGUCGCGAAGCGUGAGUACCGCUUCCGCCACUCCGAGCUGACCCAUGCCAUUCGGCAGGCCCUUGAUCUGGCCCUGCAGAGGCUGGCCGCCGACAGGAGUGGGAGGUGGCGGCUGUCGCACGAGAGCUGGUACUCGCGCGAGGCGGAGCGCAUCUCGGGCCUCCUGGGGAUCGCCUCGGCCGCGGCCCGCGAGGAGGAGGAGGCGGAGCAGCUCGACUUCGACACCAGCGGGUGGAACGACCUUGUCGGCCAUGCAGGAGUCCUCGGCCACGUCGGCGCCAUCGCGGAGCUCCAGCGACGGCUCUACAGCUCGCAGCGGCGCGACGGGGGCAUCAGCUCCGCGCGGUGGCGAGCGUGGGCCAAGGUCGUCGACCCCGACACGGGCAUGCCGCUGGCAGGGAUGAUCGCUAUUGGUCAGCUCGAGGCCAACUGGCAGGCCCUCUGGCAGCAGGAAGGGUUCAAGGGAGGAGCCGACGUCUGCACCUGGGACGUCCAGGACUGGACCCUGCCUCCCAUCACGCUCGACAUGUUCCAGGCUGGCAGCCUCUUCCUGGACAUCGUGAAGUUCUACGAGAAUUUGCGGCAUGACGUGCUCUGGAGCUGCGCCAUCGAGCACAAUUUCAAUCUUCGGUUGCUGAGAGGGCUGUUGGCCAUGUAUCAAGCCCCUCGCUUCAUCUGUUUCGCGGGCCUGGUCUCCGACGGCUUUUGCUCCCAAGGCACCGUCCUUGCGGGCUGUGCGUGUGCUACGACGCUGGCCAAGCUUCCGCUCCUCGGACCCCUUCGGGCCGUGUCCUCUGGAGGCCGCCUGCUCGUCAUGGGCAGGAACGUCGUCGACGACGUGGCCCUGCAGGCGCUGGGGACGCGCCGCCUUGUCGUGGAGCAGCUAGGAGGUGCGGGGGCCGAGAUGGCCCGACAGCUCGGCGCCAUGCACCUCCCUCUCAGCGCCAAGAAGUCCGUUUUCCUCGCGUCCUGCUCUGGCCUCGCCCAGGAGCUUGGCGAGUACUGGGGGGCGCACGGCAUCAAGUUCGAGAGGGUGCAUCAAGCCCGCAACUUGGGCACUGACGCGAGUAUCACGAUGAGAGGAGUCCGUGAGGGGCGAGGGCGGGCGCAUGAUGCGCUCCAGCGGGCGCGGCGCCUACGUUGCCUACGUGCUGCAGGAGUCGAGGUGGACCUGAUCCACAAGGCUGGGCCUACUUCCAGUAUGGUCUGGGGACGGACGGUUACUGGCGUGGCAGACGGAGAGUUGCACAGUUGGCGUGUCACCGCGUGCCGCAGCGCUGGGCGGCUUCCCCGCGGCGCAGCCCUUGGCCUCAGACUGCGUUGCGCAGAGCUCCGCAGGGGCCGCGACCUGGACCCCUUCGUGCUGAUCACGGACCGCUCGCUCCAGAUGCUGGCAGGGCUCUUGCACUCGGGCGAGCUCUCCCUGCCGAUGCUCAGGGCCGAGCUCGAGGCGGCGGCGUCGCGGCAUGCGACAGCGACGGCGCCCUGGGUGCACUGCAGUUCCCCCAUCGAUGCAGCGGUCCUCACCCUUGGCAGGAUCGGCUGGUACUUCAGGUCCGAGCGGUGCCUCAUCACGGACGUCGGGGACGAGCUGGACCUGACGUUGCUGGGGCCGCGCGAGCUCGGCAUCGAGGCUGGCCUUGGAGCGAGGCGCGCCUCGGACAGGCAUGAGAUGCUGAAGCUGGCCUACUCCUCGUCUGUGCAGGGCUCUCUCUUCUGGGACGCCUUCAGGGAGCUCAUCGGGCCAAGAGGGAAGUUCAACGAGCGCGAGAGGAACGGGCUGGUGGCUUACCUCACGAACGCGCACUGGCCGCAGGUGAGGCUCUGCAGCGCCCGCGAGAGCAGCCACGCCAGCUGCAGGUGCUGCGGAGCAGCUCGGGGCACCCUUUGGCACAGGUUGUUCGAGUGCCCCAUGCUUGCGGCCCAGCGGCGGGACUCGGUCUCACCAGCGCUGAUGAGGAGCGCUGUGCGGGUCCGCGCCCAGGGAGAGGCAGCAGGGGAGGACUUCGCUAGGUGUUGGCUGCCAGCGCCGCCUCCUCCUCAAGGGCCUCGCACGGACGCCAUGAGUGUCUGGUGGAUACGCAGGCCUCCCGACGACAGGCUCAAUGGCAAGUUGUACUUGGACGGCUCGGCGGUCGACCCGCAGUUCGGCUCCCUGAGGCGCGCGGGCUGGGCGAUUGCUCAGUGCGACGACGACGGCAACCUCAUCGCGGGCGUCUACGGGACCGUCAGGAGGGACCUCUGCCCGCAGCAGACCGCCCGCGACGGGGAGGACUUCGCGGUCUGGAUGUUGGUGAACUACGCGGGCCCUGCAGUCGAGGAGGUCAACAUCGACUGCAAUGGCACGGUCGAGUGCCUGCGCAGGGGGCUGGCCUAUGCGACGGGCCCGACGAAGGUCAACGCCCACCUCUGGAGCAGGAGCCUCGCCGCCUUCGAGCCUGGCAGCUUCAGGGUGAACAAGGUGCCCGCCCACUGCAGCUGGCAGGCGGUGCUCGACGGGCGCCUCACGGAGGCGCAGAGGCGCGGCAACCAGCACGCCGACCGCCUCGCCAAGCUGGGAGCUCGGCUGCACGCUGCCGACGCCCAGACCGUGGGCGAGCACCGUGCCCUGGCUGGUUUCGUCCAGGAGCUGGCCCGGUGGGUGGGCCAGGCGGCCGUCAUCUGGCAGGACAUCGCGGAGAAGGACAGUGACGGGUUCCUCGAGUCCGACGAGAGGCAGCGGGUGAGGUUCGCCGACCUUGAGGAGCGAGCCGAGCCUCCCUCUGCAGGCAGGCCGACGGCUCAGCAGCCGCGCGUGGAGAGCGCGCGCUCGGUGGCCAGUGCCGUCGGCCUCUCCAUCACCACGGCUGGCAUCUGCUACCUCGGCCACUCCCUGGCGUACGCUUGCUGCGACGUGGGCGAGGGGCCCCAGGAGCUGGUGGCCUGCAGCAGGUGUGGGGCCUACAUGGUCCUCGGCGGCCGCUCUGGAGGACGCCCAAAGCUCAAGGAGCCAUGCAUCGGCGAGAGGGCCACUGGGCAGCGCAGCCAGCGCCGCCUCUGGGCCCGAGGGCUGCACCCAGGCGGGCGGCCUCGCGGAGGAGACCAGCAGCGCAGGGAGAAAGGUGCCGAGAUCCCCGCGCUGCGGCUGCAGGGCCCCUUGCCCCCAUCGGCCCAGGAGGCCUUCCUGGCCUGGCUGGGCCUCGAGGGCGAG